GUUAGCAUACCUGUACUUCAAUUGCAUUGCAUUGAAUCAAUAAAACAACGCAUUGUAAAUUAUUCCAAUAAAAUGAAAUUCGCCGUGGCUACGAUAGUUUUUCAAAUCAUUUUGAUUAUUUUGUUUGCAACAUUAGUGAAGUAUGAUCCAAAUGAAGCUGGACCAGGAAUGAACUCUACCCAAGGAACUAAAAUCUACCCAAUGAAGUAUGAUCCAAAAGAAGCUGGACCAGGAAAGAACUCUACCCAAGGAACUAAAAUCGACUAUUACCCAAUGUUCCAAGAUGUUCAAGUGAUGAUUUUUGUUGGUUUUGGUUUUCUCAUGACUUUCUUAAAGAAAUACGGUUAUAGUGCAGUUGGCUACAAUUUCUUUAUUUCUGCUCUUGCUAUUCAAUGGUAUAUGAUUAUCAGAGCAUGCAUAGGACAUCAUGGCGGCGAAUUAAAAAUUCUGAUAAAUAUGGAAAGCUUAGUAACGGCUGAUUUCUCUGCCGCUGCAGUCUUGAUCACCUUUGGCGCAGUUUUGGGUAAAGUCAGUCGUCUUCAACUCCUGAUAAUUGCAAUCAUUGAAAUAGUCAUGUUUUCUGUCAACGAGUUUAUCUUACUGGAUAAACUGAAGGUUGCUGAUGCUGGUGGCUCAAUGGUCAUUCACUGUUUUGGUGCCUACUUUGGUUUGGCAUUGAGUUUUAUGUUAAAAAGACCACAGGACACUGAUAACAAUCCUAAAGAAGGAUCUGUUUAUCAUUCAGAUAUAUUUGCUAUGAUUGGAACGGUUUUCUUAUGGAUGUACUGGCCAAGUUUUAACAGUGUUUUGGUAUCACCUGCAGUUGAUCAACAACGAGCAGUGAUAAACACAUAUCUAUCUCUUGUUUCCUGCUGUGUAACAACAUUUGCUAUUUCAACAUUAAUCAACAAAGAUAGGAAACUAGACAUGGUUCACAUUCAGAAUGCAACAUUAGCUGGUGGUGUAGCUGUUGGCACUCUUGCUAACAUGAUGAUUCAACCAUGGGGGGCUCUUUUGAUUGGUUUUUUGGCAGCAGCCAUUAGUGUUGUAGGAUAUACAUAUGUAACGCCAUUUUUGGAUGAAAAACUGCAUAUUCAUGAUACUUGUGGAGUGCAUAACCUUCAUGGAAUGCCCGCCAUAUUGGCUGGUGUGGGUGGUGCUAUUGCUGCUAAGGUAGCCAAUAGUGAAAAUUACAAAAACAGUUUGGAAUCUGUCUUUCAAAAUAAAGAUGACGAUACAAAACGCGCCGGUUAUCAAAUAUCAGCAUUGUUGAUCACUCUUGCAAUUUCCAUCGUUUCCGGAGCAAUAACAGGUUUUAUAGUGAAACAAAAUGUUUUUAUUUCGCCGACUCGUGAACAAUUAUAUGACGAUAAAGACUUCUGGGAGCUGCCUGAAAUUUAUGUCAACGACAACGAAACACCUAUGAUUGGUAUUGAGAAGAUAGAACCUAAACAAGAAGAGACAGCGUCUCCUUAAACUCUUCUAUUUAAGAUAUCAAUUACUCAUUUUCAAACUACUUGGUAUGGUGGGAAUAAUAAAGAGAUAAUAUUUUUCUAAAUCAAUUUAGAUAUUUUUUAAUAUUCUAUUUUUGCAUACAUUUGUUAAAAUCAUACAUAUUAGCUACAAUUAUGAAAAAUAUAUAUAAAUAUAUAAGUAAGGCCAAAUGGUAAAUGGUAUUUUUUCAUUUUUAUAACAAAGCAAUUCACAUUGUAAAAUGGUCGAUGUUGCUUGUUCAAACAGCACAGAAAGCAAUAAAAGUUUCUUAAUACAUA